GAGAGCGCCGUCUCUUCCUGCCGGGAGUCCAGUGUGUUAAGGCCGUCGAGCGAACUUACGGAAACCCAAUUCGCGUUUUUGACUUUUUUUUAUCGACGUAAAGAAGAUAACGAAACUUCCAAGAUGAACAUGAUGCAGACGACGAAGCGCAUGGCGCGGAACGUGACCACGGGAUGUAUGGGCCUCAUGUUUCCUCAAAAUGGAGUCCUCGAAUGUUCGGUGCACUACGGCUCGAGUGCGCCCUCCUCCCCACAUCUCCAGAGAGCCGCGGCCUUGGACGUUCACAGCGGCGCCGCCGCCAAACACCGACCCAGCGUCUUGGAAGUGAGCCCCAAGGGCGGCUUCGCCACCAUUAAGAACCAACACGACGACAUCGACGACGCGUCUCUGCCGUGCACGCCCGAGCUCCACAGCCUGGACGACGACGUGCACGCCGGAGACGCGGCCCUGGACGCGGAGACAAGGAGCCUCGUUAGCGGCUUCCUCACUGAAUUUACCGGCCUUUCGACGGGUCAGUGGUUGGAAAGCAAAGCGCAGUCCACCAUGAAAAGAGUCGUGAGGAACGUGCUGGAAAAGCACCGAUAUAAAUACAACGGUAUGCUCAAAACUCUUUGUCUGGACCAGAAAGGGGACAACAUGGACUUUGUGGGUUCAGUAGCCAAGAGCCUCUUCUCAGAUGGGACCACAAACUGGGGCCGCAUUGCCAGUCUGGUGGCGUUCGGGGCGGUGGUGUCCCAGUACCUGAAGAACAAGGACAGGGGACACUGUGUGCCCCUGGUGGCCCAGGAGAUCUCUUCGUUCCUGCUGGAACACCAACGAAACUGGCUAGUGAAAAACAAUUCAUGGGAUGGUUUUGUAGAGUUCUUUCAGGAAGCUGACCCAGAGUCCGCAGUGAGGAAAACGCUCAUGGCCGUUGCGGGGUUUGCCGGCAUCGGGGCGACACUGGCCCUGUUGAUCAGGUGAAUUUGUCGGACUCUUAAAAAGACUGUUUUUGACGUGAACAACGUUGAUGCUGGAUACAUGGAAGAACCUCCACGAUGCCCUCAGACUUACACAUGGAAAUGAAGGCUGAGUCGCAGUAUAGUUCAAUAUUUUUGGUUUUCAAACCUGCGGCCGAAGCAUUUUCGUCAUGGACACUUUACCUUGUCGAGCAGUUGAGAUCUAUUUAAUUUAUAAAUAAAUUUAUUUUUCUAAGAUAUCAAGUAUGUUUCUAUGCAAAUUUGAGAAAAGCAUUUGGUCUGAUCAGCGCUUGAAUUUUGUUCGAUUUAGUUUACGGGCUGAUAUUCCCCCACCACCGCCGUGUUGUAUGACUUUGAAGAUAGCGACAUAUUCCACGCGCAGCAACGACGAAUCCGAUUUCCAUAAGUCUCAUUCCCGACCGCCCGGCGAUCCAUCCCCGGGAGCGGAACAAGGCACGCUUGCAUCCGCGUGGCACGACGAUCCCUCCGAGUCGGCUCGGCGCCACGGAGCGACUCCCACAGAACUUUGGGACGUAUCGGGGCCUGCAAGCUCCCCAGAUCCAGGAUUCACUCCCAAGGAUCGAGUUGGGGAGCGAAGUGCAAAAUAGCGCGAGACAGUGCGAAGAUGAUGCUCUUUCGGUGAGGGCGGCAUCCAGCUGUGAGCUGCCAAGAGUUGUGUAGAUAAUGUUGGAAUUAUUAGUUAAUAAACUAUUCACUUGAA